AUGCUCCACUUACAGGGUCCACAGAUGCUGCAGAUGCUAGAAAAAUACUUAAAGAAGAGCCUCCCUGAGUCCUUAAAGGUUUAUGGGACCACCUUCCACAUGAACCAGGGAAACCCUUUCAAGCUACAGGCCCUGGUGGACAGGUGGCCUGAUUUUAAUACAGUGGUUAUCCGCCCUCAGGAGCAGGAGAUGACAGAUGACCUUGAUCACUACACCAAUACUUACCAAGUCUACUCCAAGGACCCUAAGAAAUGUCAGGAAUUCCUUGGUUUGCCAGAAGUCAUCAACUGGAAGCAACAUUUGCAGAUUCAAAGUUCACAGUCCAGCCUGGAUGAUGUGAUAAACAAUCUUGCGGCUACUAAAUUGGGCAAGGUGAAGCGAACACAGUGCUUUCUCUAUAUGGUCUCUGAGACAACAAAGAAAUUGGCUACUUCCUUGCUGGAUGCAAAAAACGUAUCACCCAAUGGUGAUAAAUACAAGUCCAUCCAUCAAAAGGUGUUGAAACUCUCAUCCCUGGAUCCUACCCACGCUGCCUUGGUGAAUAAAUUCUGGCAUUUUGGUGGCAAUGAGAGGAGCCAGCGGUUCAUCGAGCGCUGUAUCCGGACCUUCCCCACCUUCUGCCUGCUGGGGCCUGAGGGGACCCCUGUAUCCUGGGCCCUAAUGGACCAGACAGGAGAGCUGCGGAUGGCAGGCACCAUACCUGAGUACCGGGCCCAGGGCCUCAUCACCUACCUCAUCUAUGUCCAGGUUCAGGCUCUAGACAAACUUGGCUUCCCCAUGUAUUCCCAUGUAGAUAGGGCCAAUCACAUCAUGCAAAAACUGAACUUCAAGCUGCAGAAUAUCUCUGUGUCCAGUGACUGGAACCAGUGGAACUUUGUGCCUCUGUGA